UCGCAGACCAAGAAUACGACGUGCCUCGAUGUCUUCCAGGACGUUCAGGGCAAAAACCAGGUGCGCCUCUACACGUGCACGGGUGGGUCGGCGCAGAAGUGGGACUUUGAGCCCGACUCACACAGCCUCCGCCACUUGACGGUGCGCAACCUCUGCCUCGAGUCGGCCCACCUCACACCCGGCGCUGCGCCGUUCGUCGCCGAGUGCACGGGUGGUGUCAGCCAGUGGUUCACCAAGUGCGAGGAAGCGCCGGCGGCCAAGAGCUACGUCAAGCUUAUUACCAAGGACAAGAAGGCCAUCUCCGAGUUUUACUCGGGCGUCUACGCCAACUGGGUCUCGGACUCGGCCAACGAGCUCUUUACGUACGACGACAACGCCAAGACGCUCCAGGUCGCCAGCAACGGCGAGUGCCUCGACGCCUUCCGCGACGGCGACAAGUUUGGUCUCCACACGUACGCGUGCGACGCUACCAACGCCAACCAAAA